AGAUUACGCUGCGAUUGCGCAUUGACAGGUCGACUUUACACGACUCGUGACUUGUUUAUAUAAGAAUCGUAAGCAACAGGGAGUUUACAUCAGUUGUUGAACAUCGAACCCGCACGAGUAGUUUUGAAAGGGUCACAUAAAUAUAUCUCGGGAAACGUUGGACUGGUAAUAAGAGCAACGUUAAAAUGGGGAAGCCGAAAGUAUUGGUGACGAGCAGCGACACGCCACAAACGGGUUUGGAUCUUCUAAGCCAAAGAUGCGAAGUGACUAUCAUGCCUCAAGUAUUACCCACGCAAGAGCAAGUCCUUCAAGCGUUUGCGGGCCACGAUGCGAUUUUCUUAUCCGUUCAUGUCGACAUAAACACUGCUUUUCUCGAUCUCGCCGGACCGAGCCUCAAAGUCGUAUCCACAAUGUCUGCUGGAUACGAUCAUCUCGACGUGCCGGAAAUCAAACGAAGAGGCAUCAAGGUUGGCAAUACUCCGAACGUUUUGACCGCCGCUGUUUCCGAAAUCGCUGUUAUGCUUAUGCUCAACGCGGCGAGACGUGCUCACGAGGCGCGGCUCAAACUUGAAGCUGGUCAGGUGGGGAGGAGUCCUCAAUGGCUGCUCGGAAAAGAAUUACGGAAUUCCGUCAUAGGAAUAGUGGGUUUUGGAAACAUCGGCCACGGGAUAGUGAAGAGACUCUGCGGUUUCGAAGUUAAGAGUUUCCUGUACACGGGACAUUCCCGAAAGAAGGAAGAAUUGGGUGCAAAAUUUGUGUCCCUGGAUGAGCUUUUGGCCCAGAGCGAUUUCGUCGUCGUAGCAGUACCGUUGAAUAACGAGACUCGGGGGCUUUUCAACGAGAACCAAUUCUCGAAGAUGAAAUCAGACACAGUUUUCGUCAACGUGGGCCGAGGAGCUGUCGUCAAAACCGAUGAUCUCGUCAAAGCUCUUCGUAACGGAACCAUUUUCGCUGCGGGACUCGACGUUACAGACCCUGAACCACUGCCAACUGAUCAUGAGCUCCUGAAACUCCCGAACGCCGUUGUUGUGCCACACAUUGGAAGUGCAACUGUCAAGACCCGACACGAAAUGUCAAGAAUCGCAGCAGUUAAUCUACUCAACGGCUUGGACGGCAUCCCAAUGAUUUAUCCUCUUUGAAGAUGACAGGAAUAUGACAAAAGAGGCAAAGGUACCAUGGAUGAAGAAUCAAAAUGCGACGUUUUAAUAUUUAUCUUAUACGUUAAUUAUGGAAAAUCUUUUCUUACAUUGAUGCUUUUUUUCUGUAAAAUGUAGAUAAUAUUUGUAUAUAUAAUAAAUGUUCAUAUAUACAUACUAUGUUAA